UUUGAAUAUCUGUUGAAGUUAUUUCUUGAACUCAAUUAAAACAUUUAAUUCUUUUAUUUUUAAACAUAAAUAUCUUAAUUUAUAGUAUUAUAUUUGCGAUUGAUUUACAAGAGAUGUAUUAUUUAAGAAAAUUGUCAGCUUUUAAUAGCAAAAGUCAUUUAUUGGCGUCCUUUGCCAUCGUUGGUGGCACUCAUGUGUGGCACAAAAGGAAAAGUCAUUUGCAGAAGUUGUGGUCAAUACCACAAAUGAAUUGGAGAUUGAGUUCAGUGAUUGUGAUGAGAAUGGCUCGUAUGGAUGAUAAUCAACCUAAAGUCAAGCAUAUCUCUCAAACUAGUGAUAAACGUUACUUAAGAAUACAGAGUCAUCAAAGUUUGAUACCCGAUAACGUAAUGGGAGACUUUACGGGUAUAGCAUUGGGAUCACACCAUUUAAUUACCGUAUUGGACAAACUCGGCGGUUGUCGUAGUGUAACUCACUCUCACACUAAAACGGCUCAUGUCAUUCAAGUUGACCCCAAACGCAAUAUAGCACUUCUUUAUACAUCAGCAGAUCUAACCACUGCUGAGAUGACUACCGAAGAACCAAAAGUUGGAGAAUCCAUUGCUAUUGUGGGAAACGUCACCUUUUUUAACGUUAUCGAUGGUAUAAUCAGUUGUCCCGAACGUGUUGUUAAUGACUACUCUAAUAAUAUCUUCUAUUAUGAGCCGAUGUGGCAUAAAAACCUCAAAUUAAUACAAUACGGAGCGUCUACUGAAAGACUGAAUUCAGGCGGACCACUGGUCAAACUAGACAAUGGAAAAGUAUACGGAAUUGUUAUGAAAGGCCCGACCAGUGAUAUUAACUUUGCUCUUCACACCUCACAAUUUAAAGACUACAUCGAGGGUAACGCUAUGGUUGAACAAAGAAAAUAUGAAGUUAACAAUAAAUAUAAGGAUUUAAACAAAUCUAAGUUUGGUUUUAUGGUGUACAACAUUGACCAACAAUUCAAACAAAUGUUGACUGCUAUUGCUAUUGGAGGCAAUAGACAACUUUCCUCUGAAAAAGGUCUUUAUGUUUGGGCAAUCACUGCAAAGGGAAACCAUCCUCUAAAAGAAGGUGAUGUCAUCACCAAAAUUGGUGGCACAGAAGCCACAAUGGAUGUGCUCAGAACUGAAUGUCAAAAAAAGAAGUCAAUUAAUCUGAUUGUAAAUCAAGUAGGAGGAGGAGUGGGUGUAGAGGUAAAGAUUGACCCUCAAGAUCAUGAUUACACUGACUUUUAGAUUUAUUAUUGUAUUCAUUAGCUUUUAAUUCCAAUAUUUAUUGUCAAAAUUAUUAUUAUUGUCAGUUUUAUAUGUAAUUUUAAUUUAUUUCUAGUUAUUUCUUGAUA